AAUAUGGAAAAACACACACAUUAAAUAUGGACAAAUUUAAAUUUGAAACAUUAUAAAUGAUUCCAGACCAAUCCAAAUCUAACCAUUCUUCAUCUUGCCAAAAAAACACACAAGAUUUCCAUAUAUCAGAUGUCUUCCUCUAGGUCUCACUAAUUAGGGAUUCUCUAAUGGGUGUUCUUAGCAUGAAGGGUGGAGAUGGAGAGCACAGUUAUGCAAAUAAUUCCGAGGGGCAGAAAAGUGUUGCUUCUAAUGCAAAACCGGUGGUGGUAGAAAACGUAAAAGAAAUGAUAGUGAAAAUGGAUUUUCCUAGUUGCAUCAAAGUGGCCGAUUUGGGAUGUUCAUCGGGGGAAAACACAUUAGUGGUCAUGUCCGAAAUUGUCAACACGAUCAUAGCAACAUAUCAACAAAAGAGUAAAAACCCACCAGAGAUCGUUUGUUGUCUGAACGAUCUUCCAGACAACGACUUCAACACUACUUUCAAAUUAAUCCCUGCCUUCCAUAAGAAGCUGAAGAUGAAUGUUAAAGAAAAGUGCUUCAUCUCAGGAGUCCCAGGCUCAUUCUACUCAAGACUCUUCCCUAGCAAGUCUCUUCAUUUUUUUCAUUCAUCUCUUUGUCUCCACUGGCUUUCUAAGGUUCCUGAUGGGAUUGUGGAAAACAAGAAGAACAUUUAUCUUAGAAGUCCUUGUCCUCCAAGUGUGUACAAGAGUUAUCUAAAUCAGUUCAAGGACGAUUUCUCUUUGUUUCUAAGAAUGCGUGCAGAAGAGACAAUGCCUAAUGGGCGUAUGGCUCUCACUUUGGUGGGUAGAAAAGCAGUUGACCCUUUAUCCAAAGAUUGCUUCCAAAAUUGGUCUGUUAUAUCUGAUUCCCUCGUCGAUUUAGUCUCUGAGGGGGUUGUGAAGGAAUCAGAAAUGGAAUCUUUCAACUUGCCAUUCUACAAUCCUGAUGAAAGCGAAGUUAGGAAAGUUAUCGAAAACGAGGGCUCUUUCGAGAUCAACAAUUUUAAGACAAUAUUUGGACUUCUCUUUUCAUACAAAACUGGCCUUACUGAAGUGAAGGAUGAUGAUCUCGAUCGAUUUGAAGUCAUUAAAAAGAGGACCAACAUCAUAAGAUCCAUCACUGAACCAAUGCUUGCUGCUCAUUUUGGAGACACCGUCAUGGAUCGUUUGUUCGACAAGUAUACAUAUAAUCUAGCCCAACGUUACGAUACUUUGCGCAACAUACCAACGGUUCAAUUCUUUGUUUCGUUGACUAGGAAGUAACCGACCGUUGAUGAGACAGUAAGUGAAAGAAAUCGAACCUACGAUAUCAAGACUAAAUUUUCUUUUUUAAUUUGGUAUUUUGCAAAUAAUCAUCGUGGAGCUUUGUUCCUUGUUUAUCAAUUUGUUUCCAAGUUUGUAGGGACAAUUGUUCCAUUUUCUCUAUUUAAAAAUAAAACAAAAAGGCAGAUUGCAUUUGCCUAAAAAUUCUUAUCUGAUUUUUCUUUACUCUUAUCAUUUAAUAUAAGAGCAUGUUUUGGUUUU